UCCCCCAGUGUCUGUCUUCCCAUCCAUGUGUCUGUGCCUUAUAGCACUUUCUCUCAGUGCAUUGCCUUGGAUCAUAUAAUAUGAAUGCUCCUUAGCAGCAGCCUACCAGCUUGCAACACACAUUCUGUCACUGGGCAAGGACUCUGUCAUGUUGUCCGAUGGAAUAUGCCAGUUUGUGGGUCUCAGAAUACAGCUUUCUACCCUCCUUUUCCUGAUUCUCUUACGAGGAAUCCAGGCUGAAGAUAUCAAUAUAACACAGAAGCCUUCACCAACAAGUCCAGUGGAGCUGGUUCCCCAUGAACUUGUCAACAAUAAGAUCAGCAAAGAGAAUUCCCAGCUAAAAGAAACUGCAUCUCAAAGCAUCCCUCCAUCUGGGGAAUUGCUUGACCCAGGAAGGCAACCGACGUUGUUCCACAAGGAGGUGUCUGAAGUGUCAAGCACUGCUCCAAACUUUUCUGCCAUACAGACUCUGCCAACAAGAAAAAAAACACCAUCUUUAAAGCAACUGAACACAGCAAGGAAACGUCUGAGACCCUAUUCCACCUCUCUUGUUUCUGAAAGACUAGCUGAGACAAGUGGGAGUUUUUCAUUACCAACAGAAAAGGUUCAAGGAGUAAAGGAUAUAUUGUCAGAGACCAGAGAAGCAAGAGAACACAUUCCAGAGUUUUCAUUAUGGGUUAACAGAAGACACAGUGGCACCAUUUCCCAGUUUCCUAUUCAGUUAACACCAUACACAUCUCAAACCGCAGUUCCUCACAACUCUGAAUCCUUAAAAUUGGGCUCGCCUGAUAUAAACACUUCUCUUCAGGCAGAUGAACCCUCCAGAACACGUCAUGCAGACAAUGAUUUCAACACAGGAGAGGAAAACCAAGAGACAACAACGUCUACAAUUAUAACAACAACAGUUAUAACCACAGACCAAAAUCCAGUUCAAUGCAGUGUGAAUUUCUACGAGCCUGAGGGAUACAUUGACUCAACAGAUUAUCCGCCACUUCCUUCGCAAAAUUAUUUGGAGUGUACUUACAAUAUCACAGUCUACAUGGGCUAUGGAGUUGAGUUACAGGUAAAAAGUGUAAACCUCUCUGUGGGAGAACAGCUAGCCAUUCGAGGAGAAGGAGAGGAGGGACUAGUUGUUUUAGCAAAUGAAACUCUUCUUGUUGAAGGCCAGGUGAUACGGAGCCCCACAAACAGUCUAUCGGUUCACUUCAGGACAUUUCAGGAUGAUGCUAUCGGGACCUUCCAACUACAUUACCAAAUUUUCAUGCUGAGCUGCAGCUUUCCCCGAAGGCCUGAUUACGGAGAUGUGACGGUAAUGGAUCUUCAUGCUGGUGGAAAAGCUGAUUUCCAUUGUAAUAUGGGAUAUGAACUACAAGGCUCCAGGAAUCUUACCUGCCUCAAUGCUUCUAAACCACACUGGAGCAACAAAGAACCAAUUUGCAUUGCACCUUGUGGCGGCAGAGUACAAAAUGCAACCGUUGGAAGAGUACUUUCACCAAACUACCCCAGUAACUACAGCAACAACCUCUUCUGUGCUUGGACAAUUGAUGCCUUAUCAGGGCAAAAACUGCAUCUGCACUUUGAGAAGUUGAUCCUGAGCCACAAAGACAGGCUAGCUGUUUACAGCAAUGGGAAGAUGUUCUUUGACUCUGCCAAAACAGAGACAGUACCAUUUGAAGGUCUGAUCAGUGAAGGAUCCUGUUUUAGAAUUGAAUUCUCUACAGAUGAGACAAAAAAUGCACCUGGGUUCAACAUUCGCUUUGAAGCUUUCGAAAGGGGACAUUGCUAUGAACCGUACAUCCAGAAUGGUAACUUUACGACAACAGACCCUACGUACAGCAUGGGAACAGUGAUUGAAUUUACUUGCGAACCUGGUCACUCUUUGGAGCAAGGGCCAUCUAUCAUAGAGUGUAUCAACAUGAAAGAUCCCUACUGGAAUGACACAGAACCAGUUUGCAGAGCCAUGUGCGGUGGUGAGCUAUCAACACCUGCAGGAGUCAUUUUGUCCCCAAACUGGCCUGAUCUCUACACAGAAGGAGAAGACUGUAUAUGGAGAAUACAUGUUGGAGAUGACAGAAGAAUAUUUCUUGAUAUUCAGUUGUUGAACCUGAGCAACAAUGACAUACUGACCAUUUACGAUGGAGAUGAAAUCACAUCAAAGAUUUUGGGACAGUUUGUUGGAAACACCGGCCCCCAGAAACUUUACUCCUCCUCCCCUGACUUGUCAAUCCAGUUCCACUCGGACCCUGCUGGGCUGAUCUUUGGAAAAGGACAAGGAUUUAUCAUAAACUAUAUAGAGGUGUCCAGAAACGACUCUUGCUCAGACCUACCUGAGAUUCAAAAUGGAUGGAAAACCACAUCCCACAUAGAGCUGGUCAGAGGGGCCAAGAUCACCUAUCAGUGUGACCCAGGUUAUGAUAUUGUGGGAAGUGAAACCCUGACCUGCCAAUGGGAUCUUAGCUGGAGCAGUGAUCCCCCAUUUUGCGAGAAAAUUAUGUACUGCACUGAUCCUGGAGAGGUGGAACACUCCACUCGUUUAAUCUCAGAUCCAGUUCUCCUUGUUGGAACCACUAUUCAAUACACCUGCAACACAGGCUUUGUGCUAGAAGGAAGCUCUCUACUAACAUGUUACAGCAGGGAGACUGGGACACCCAUCUGGACAUCAAGAAUCCCACACUGUGUCUCGGAGGAGUCCCUUGCCUGUGACAACCCAGGAUUGCCUGAAAAUGGCUACCAAAUUCUUUACAAGAGGCUCUAUCUGCCUGGGGAAUCGCUCACAUUUAUGUGUUAUGAGGGUUUUGAGCUGAUGGGAGAAGUUACCAUUAAAUGCAUCCUUGGCCAGCCAUCCCAGUGGAGUGGGCGUCUGCCUAUGUGUAAAGCCACUCAGGAUCGUUUUGAGCAUGCGUUACAAGUGGCAGAAGCAGCAGCAGAGACCUCUUUAGACGGUGGUAACAUGGCACUGGCUAUAUUCAUCCCUGUUGUGAUCAUUUCUGUCCUGCUUGGAGGAGCUUACAUCUACAUAACAAGAUGCAGAUACUAUUCCAGUCUACGUCUUCCUCUUAUGUACUCGCAUCCUUACAGCCAGAUAACUGUAGAGACAGAAUUUGACAAUCCAAUUUAUGAGACCGGGGAAACAAGAGAAUAUGAAGUUUCAAUAUAGAAGCAGAGGUUUCAGUCUCGCAAAAAGAAACCUUCGUGAUGCAAGACGUCAGUUCAAAAACACGAUAGAACCUUCCCAGUGCUUAUUCCAGAGACUACUUGGAGAUGGACUGAACCUUUUUAGACCAUUAGUUGUAUUUUCUUUUGACUCUUUAUUGAAUAUGUUCAUCUCUGUAUUUAUAACAUUGCAUUCAAACAGGCUGGUAACAGGAAAAUCUUCUAUAUGGUUAAAUGCUAACAUGUGUGUCUAAAAUCUUUGGGCUAGUAUUGGGAUAAGUACAAGGUUAUUUUAGAAAAAGGUCUGCAGUUGCAAUAAUGACAUAGUGACUCCAUACAUCUAAAUGUCUGCUUUACUAUUGAGAGAGACAAUGUAUCAAAUUCAUAAGAUGAAAUUAUGAAUUUGUUAAGGUUAAAUUUUUCACAUAUGUAUCUUUUUACUACUAGUUGCAAGAUAACAGGAUUCAGACAGUUCUUGUUGCGCAUUAUAUGAGCGUGCUUCAUGCAUAUACAGUAAGUGCCUAUAGAGUAGAUCAGUGUAUCUGUUGAAGAAAACUUGGGCACAAAAUAACAGAUACUGCUCCUUGAUCUGCUGGAGCAGUUUUGAUUUGUUUUGAAGAUGGGAACUUUUCAACAGCUUAUCCUGGCAAUGUUUUAUAUCCCGGUAUGCAGGGUAAUUAUAGUACUUACUAUUCACUGAGUUAAGGUUUGGUUAUGUUGAUGGUUGAAUUCUAAUCUAAGGGACUAACACCUAUAUGUAAUAAAAGGCACUAAACUUGUCCAGGUGCAGUACCAUAAAGCAACCAAUAUGUUUUUAAACUUUGCACUGUUUAUUAUAUUACCCCAUAGAGGUGUUGCCACAAUGCUCACUGACUAGCAGGGCAGUACCAAAUUCAACAAUACUGCUACCAUUAUGUUCUUCUUAAGUGUCGGUGAUAUUGGGGAUACACGUCUCCCAUUGUUUUAGCUAGAGAAGUCCUUGUAAAGUGCAAAGGGUAUUGAUUAUGGGUAAUAGCUUACUUGACAAUCUAAUUACACUGGAGUUACAUUUUGUGUUUACAGAUUUUAGCUUUGUAAUUAUUCAUUCUACCUUUUUAAUGAAUCUAGAUUUAUCAUGUAGGUGUCAAACGUCCAUUUGGACUGUUUAUUUAGAGUUUUAGACAUAUUCUAUUCAAAUGUCCUUAUUGCAAAUGUCUAACCUUUUAAUGACUAAAUCCUUGAUUUGCAUACUGACUGAAGCUUUUAUGAUCUUAGUGACAUAAACCUCUAGAUUACAAAAAGUGAAUAUAAUGAGAUAUUGAUUUUUGUAUAUAAUAUUGUGCAGCCAUCAAGCUUCACUAAUCUUCUUUCUACAAAGACUACAUUAUUGGGCAAUGCCUUGGUUAAAGAAGCAUCCGCUAAGCU